CCUCCCAACAGCACCGCAUCGUGGCUUGCUAAUCUGCUCCAUUGCAGCAUCGAAGAUCUUAUCGGUUCCUGGAUGACAGCUACUUUCCAAUGGCCUCUCUAUGCCACAGAUACACUUAGGUGUCUAUCUGACAUCCGGUCAUGAGACUUUUCAGGCGGUGCGCUGGGCUCUGGAGGCUGGCUAUCGAGGAAUUGAUUCUGCCCAAAUGUAUCACAACGAAAGUGAGUCUGGUCGGGCUAUCCUGGACUUUUUGUCCAGUGAAGCGAAUACGGAGUCCCUGCAGCGCGAGGAUAUCCACUUUACGUCCAAGCUCGCUUCAAACUCUAUAUACGACGCGGCCCGGAAAGCUAUCAAGAGAUCUGUGAAAGAAUGUGGCUUGGGAUACAUUGAUUUGUUUCUCCUGCAUUCCCCCUACGGUGGCAAAAAAGCACGAUUGGAGAGUUGGCGAGCAGUCGAAGAUGCAAUCGAGGCUGGUGAAGUCAAGAGUGGUGGAGUGAGCAACUACGGGGUCAAACAUCUCCAAGAGCUGAUUGCGUCUACACCCCGCAUCAUGCCAGCAGUCAAUCAGAUUGAGGUACACCCUUUCAAUACUCGAACAGACAUCACUUCUUUCUGCCAGGAACAUGGCAUUGUUGUAGAAGCGUACGCGCCGCUUGUGCGAGCCUUGCGCAUGAAACAUCCGACUAUUGUUGCUCUUUCUCAGAGGUAUUUGUGCACGCCUGGGCAGCUACUGGUGCGGUGGAGCCUCCAACAUGGCUAUAUACCUCUGCCAAAGAGUGUGAAGAAGGAUAGGAUCGUGGAGAAUGCGAAUAUUGGCGGCUUUUCGAUCGACGAUGCUGACAUGAAGGCCAUGGAUGGGUUGGAUGAGUAUUUGGUGACCGACUGGGACCCGACAGACUGUCCAUGAGUGCCCAAGAACAAGUCGCGCGUGGGGGUGCAAAGUUGGCCGCCAUGUUGGAGAGGAGGAAUGAGGAGCCUGGAAUGGGCGAUGAGU